UUCCUGUCCUCCAUCUUGCCUCCUCCUCCUCCCCCUCCACCCCCACCUCCCCCCUCCUCAACGCCAUGGGACUCCCCAGAGGAAACAGCACUAUCAAAGCGUUCCCCAGGAAGUCCUCGGUGACCCGGACCCCCCGCCAGUCCUCUGACUCGGACAUCCAGGGCUCCAAAGACGCCGUGAUCCAGGACCUGGAGAGGAAACUGCGCUUCAAAGAGGAGCGCGUCAGCAACGGGCAGCAGAAGUUAACCUAUGAGGAGAAGAUGGCCCGCCGGCUGCUGGGGGCCGAUAACGCCGCCACCGUGCUCCAAUCAGGAGAGAGCGAGGAGGAGCCCAGCACCACACAGGACGGCAGCUCUUCUGAAUUUUUCCCUCAAAAGGAGUACAAGGUGUCCAGCUUCGAGCAGCGCCUCAUCAGUGAGAUCGAGUUUCGUCUGGAACGCUCCCCGGUGGAGGAGUCGGACGAGGACGUGCAGCACGACGAGGACUCUGCGGGGGGAGCGGCGCCCUCCUUCCUCCAGAAGAUCAAACACUACAAAGUGUUCGAGGGCAUGCCGGUCACCUUCUCCUGCAAAGUGACCGGAGACCCCAAACCCAAGGUGUACUGGUUCAAAGACGGGAAGCAGAUCUCAAAGCGCAGCGAGCACUACCGGAUCAGCCGCGGCUCCGACGGGACGAGCUCCCUCCACACCGCCAACGCCUCGCUGGACGACGACGGGAACUACACCAUCAUGGCCGGAAACCCCCAGGGCAGGGUGAGCUGCACUGGCAGGAUGAUGGUUCAGGCCGUGAACCAGAGAGGACGCAGCCAGCGCUCUGCACCCGGACACAUGCGCAGGCCCCGGUCCCGGUCCAGAGACAGCGGCGAUGAGAACGAUAACAUCCAGGAGAGACACUUCAGACCUCACUUCCUGCAGGCGCCCGGAGACCUGAUCGUUCAGGAGGGGAGGCUCUGUAGGAUGGACUGCAAGGUGAGCGGGCUGCCGACCCCUGACCUCCUGUGGCAGCUGAACGGACAGACGAUCCGCCCUGACUCCGCCCACAAGAUGCUGGUGAGAGAGAACGGAGUCCACUCAUUGGUUGUUGAGCCGGUGAGCAGCCGAGACGCCGGGAUCUACACCUGCAUCGCCUCCAACAGGGCGGGGCAGAACUCCUUCAACCUGGAGCUCAUCGUGGCAGCUCGUGAGAUGCACAAAGCCCCCUCCUUCGUGGAGAAGCUCCAGAACACCGUGGUGAGCGAGGGUCACCCGGUGAGGAUGGAGUGCCGAGUCAGCGGGGUGCCGGCCCCCCAGAUCUUCUGGAAGAGGGAGAACGAGUCCUUCACCCACAACACGGACAGAAUCAGCAUGCACCAGGAUAACUGCGGCUACCUGUGUAUGAUCAUCCAGCCGGCGAUGAAGGAGGACGCCGGCUGGUUCACCGUCUCCGCCAAGAACGAGGCGGGAAUCAUAUCGAGCACCGCACGCCUCGACGUGAACACCCAGUGGCAGCAGCCCCUCGCCCCCCGGAUGAAGAAGGUCCGCCCCUCCAGCAGUCGCUACGCCGCUCUGACGGAGCGAGGACUCGAUGUGAAGGCCGCCUUCUUCCCUGACUCCUCCCCCCUGCAGCCUGGGGGCCUGGUGGAGAGCGAUGACCUGUAGACCCCCCCCC